AGAUUAAAAUCAAAAAUGAAAUUACUGGGGGUUUCAUCGCCUGUCAAAAAUUCCACUCUCAGUUUAGAUCUCCUUAACCUAUAUAUGGUAAAUCACAUAUCUUGCCAGAAGAAAACACCUGAAACUGUGAGAAAACCAAUACAUGUGAAUAUGCAUAGAGACAUAAAAAUGCCUCUAAGAAAGCAUAAUUUGGAACUUCCAAUGUCACCUCACUGUAUACCAUCUAACCUCUGCAUUGAUGAUAUAAACAACAGACUAGACAGCAAGAAAGAAUUUGCCCCAGUUCAGUUGGCAUAAGUUAUGAACUCAUAUAGAAUGUUUAAACUGCAGCUCAACAGAAUAGAAAAUUGUAUUUUUGCUCCAUCAUCUUUUUUGGCAGAAUUAUCUUCUAAUAGGAAUAUUACAAAACAAAAUUUCAUUCUCAGAAUAGCACCUAGUCCUCAGAAAGUUGCAUGUGGGAAAAAGCAGAAUGAGCAGCUCAGUAAAGUUAAUUAUUCUAAUUCCUUGGUUUCCAAAUUAAGUGAAAAUCAAGAUGCUCUUAGUCCACCACAUAAAAUAGCACAAUUUGGGUCAUUAUUCAAAAGAUUAAACAGUCCAGACAAUAGGAAUUUCCUUACUGGAAGACCUGUUGGGGUUAUGGAUGAAGAAUGUGGAAGCAUGAAUGAACGAAGACAGUCAGAAUUCCUUACUGAAAAACAAUCAGUACAACAUAAUUGGGGAGAAAAUAGAAGAGAGGUUUCAAAUUUUCUUGCAGGUGUGAACCAGCCAACAGCCAGCCUUAAAUCAGAGAAUUGUAACUCUUUUACUCAUGAAAAUGUCAUCAAUUUAUUAAACAUAGAUCAACAGAGGAUAAAGAAUACGUUUGACAAGUGUGGUGAUGAUAGUAUGGGAGAUAUUUGUGCAAUCACAAGUUAUAAUAAAAAUGAUUCAACUGAUAGAUACAUUAGAAGUAUUUUUUCAGAUCCAGAGUUGACUGUUAGUAAUUCUACUUUUAAUAAAACAAGUUGUCCAGAAAAGUGUCAGCCAAACAAGAGGUAUCAAGAAGAGUACCAUAAUAAUGAAAGAAAUACUCUUAGUGCAUCUUUUGAAAACAAUUGUUAUGCACCCAGCUCUGAAAAAAAAGGAAAAUGUAAAUGUGAUUACCAAGAGAAGACACCACAGAAGGGAAGUCAGAAAUACCCAGUGAAUCAUAUGCGUAAUAUGUCUUUGGAAGAAUUGUGUUCUAAGCAGUCAUGGGACUUUGGAUUUGGUGAGAUUCUGAUGGAAGGAAGAGGAACCUGUUCUUUAGAAGACAGAUCAACAUCUGCUAAGAAAAUCUAUCAUGAUUCUUCACAGAGUAGUCAGUCUGCCAGUUACUCUCCAAGGCCAACAGAUAGUUGCUUCAGUUCUAGUUCAGAGAUGCCAUCUGAAGAUGAAGAUCAAAUAUUGCAAGAAAUGGAAGAGUCAAAUAGGAGAUCCAUCAGAAUCAAAGAAACAACAAAUAAUUUUUAUCUAGAAAGGAUGCCAAAACUUCCAUGUGGUAGGAUUAUUAACAACAGUGCCAAAAUUCAUAAACAAAAUGAAAAUCUUCACCAGUUCUCAAUGAAAAAUAAUACAGAUCAGUUUCUACUGUCUCAGUGUAAUUCAGCACACACAUUACAAAACAAAACUACUAGUAACUGCAUUCUACAUGUUGCAAGGUGUGAUGCAUGGGUACAAACAGACAGUGAACCUGUAAUAGAAGAAAAAUUAGAUGCUGCCAUACAGUGUGAUAUAAUUUCAAAAUGUAAAUGUAGAAAUAAUGUGUCUUCUUGUAAUAUUGAAAAGUGCAGUGAAAGUAUUAAGGCAGAUACCACUGGAGGGCAGGAAAUCCUUAAGAACAACUAA